AUGUCGUUCAACCCGGACAGAGAUAUACCCGACCUUUCAGGCAAAGUCAUCCUCGUGACUGGAGGAAACGUCGGCCUGGGGAAGCAGACCAUUCUACAGCUCAGCAAGCAUAACCCGAAACAUGUUUUUCUUGCAGCUCGUUCCGAGACCAAGUCAGUAGCCGCCAUUGAGGAGAUACGCAAGGUCGUGCCAAAUGCGGCGCCCAUCACCUAUAUCAACCUCGACCUCACGUCCUUUGACAGCAUCAAACAGGCUGUCAAGGACUUCCACGCCCAUUCGGAAAGUCUUCAUAUACUCGUCAACAACGCAGGCAUCAUGGCUACGCCGGCUGGCGUCACAAAGGAGGGCUAUGAGAUCCAGUUCGGCACCAAUCACCUCGGCCAUGCGCUGCUCACAAAGCUCCUUCUUCCAACUCUGAAGAAGACAGCUACGGCUAGUAGCCCGCCCCAGGACGUCCGCAUUAUCAAUGUCGCCUCCUCCGCAGAGGCCUCCUCGCCCGCCACUGACACCUACAAAUUCGACAAGCUCAAGACAGACAUGGCCUCUACCUCGACAGUCACCCGCUAUGGCGUUUCAAAGGUGGCCAAUAUACACCAUGCCCGCGCCCUGUCUCGUCGCCAUCCUGAGAUUCGAUCCAUUUCUCUGCACCCUGGCGUUGUCAACACCAACCUUACCAAUGGCGUAGUCGCCAGUUGGCCUAUCAUGAAACCUUUUAUGUUCGUGUUCAAGUUGUUUUCUACCAGCGUGUGGAACGGCACGAAGAAUCAGUUGUGGGCUGCUGUCAGUCCCGAUGCCAGGUCGGGCGAGUUCUACUUUCCCGUUGGUGUUACGGGCAAGGGUUCCAAGCAGUCGAGAGACAAGGCUCUCGAGGAGGCACUCUGGAACUGGACCGAGAAGGAGCUUGAGGGGCAUGUGUAA